GGCGGUACGGUGGAGUGAGUGCAUGUGAGGCGAGUGUUUACCAGCAGAGUGAGGUGAGGCAGAGAAGAGUACGGCUGCAUCUCCCUGCCCGUCACUCAUCUCACCCUCACCACGCACCCCAAGCCUCCACGCCCUCACCAGUCACCAGGAAAGCAUCACCACUCCUCGCAAUGGUGACGGCAAGCAACAGGAGCAGCGGGGAGAGCAAGGAGGACAAGAAAGGAGGCGCCCCCAGCAACGGCCACGUCUCCAGUCAGUGUGAGGGACGCCAGAAGGAUGGAGACAGUGGUAUGCGAGUGGGGAAGGCGUACCAGGCAGAAAUUCCCCCUUUACUCCCCUCUAAUGAGCGGCGGCCAGAGCAGUGUCCAGAGAGGGCGCUGCUGGUGUGGGCCCCGAAGUUUGAGCUGAAUGAAGAAAGCCGUGAGUAUUUUGAGCAGUACAUCUGGUUGGCCAAGGACAAAUACGGCUACAACGCUGAGCAGGCCCUCGGGAUGCUGUUCUGGCACCGACACGACCUGGAAAAGGCUACGGCAGACCUGGCUAACUUCACCCCCUUCCCUGACGAGUGGACCACCGAGGACAAGGUUCUGUUCGAGCAGGCAUUCCAGUUCCAUGGCAAGAGUUUUCAUCGUAUUCGCCAAAUGUUGCCAGACAAGACCAUCGCACAGCUGGUCAAGUACUAUUACCUUUGGAAAAAAACUCGUCAACGCAGCUCCCUCAUUGACCGCCACGCCCGCAAACACACCGCCAAACUGCAGCAAAUUUCUGAGGGCGUGGUGGGUGACAGCAGUGGGGAUCGGUCAGAGGAGGAUGAGGAGGGGAAGGGCGGGGAAGAAUCCAAGACUUGCUCCAACUGCACCAUCCCGGCCUCCAUGCUGAACGAGUCACCCAAGGGCCUGCAGUGUCUCACCUGCUACAACCACUGGAAACUGGGAUUCCACAGAAAGAUGGGAACCCUGCGUCCGACAGUGGGCCCAAUGAAGCGCGACAAGCAGCUCAUCAAACACAAGCGGCGACCCCCACGAGGCAUGCAUAUCAAUCAUGAGGAUUUGAUGGCCAUGAUCUCCUCGGGUCCUCCUGGCCCCCCCGGCGCCCCCACCCCAGGCCAACAGCUGCUCCGACACAUGGAAAAUGAGGUCAUUGCUCUCAAACGCCAGGUGCAGAUCAACAAGGCUCAGAUCAGCAGCCAGCGCAGCAAAAUAGCUGAGGACGGCAUCACCACCUUCAGGCCGCCACCCCAGGCCGGCCCACCCAAGGCUAAGUGGUCACAAGAGGAGCUGCUUCUGGCUGUUCAGGCGGUGAGGUAUUUCGGCAAAGACUUCAAGGCCAUUGCCGAGAUCGUGGGGAAUAAGACAGAAAACCACGUGCGCAGCUUCUUCGUGACUUACCGCAAACGUUACAACCUGGAUGGCGUACUGCGGGAGUGGGAGGAGGAGCAUGGGCCAGUUCGCACCAGUGAGGCCGAGUGACACCAGCCCAUGCAGCCACCACCGCCGCCCACCACCACCACCACCACUACCACCACCACAACUGAGUCUAAAUAAGUGGUUCCUCUGAAGGGUGCCACUGUUAGGGCUCUCUAGGCGGCACUGGUGGCUCUCGCAGUCUUACAAUCUCCAAUGCCACUGUCUUGCGGGAACCUGGGAGUCUUGAGUCAGUUUGUAAGGUCUCCAGGUUCCUGUCUCUCUGGUGUUGAAUCUCUGGUGUUUCUGUGUAUGCCAGAGUAAUGGUGUUGCCUCUUGGUGUGUUCCAUUGGUGUGUGUUGCAAAUAUUGAUAUCCGACAUGAUUCUGUGUGUGUGAUUUUUGAGGUUUCCAAGAGGUUGCAUUACUGGUACAUGUUGCUGAAUUGAUAUUUUGUGAGUUUGUGUGGAUCUGUCAAGGUUGCAAGCUUUGACAUGCGGUAAGAUUCACACACUCACCCCAAAUCUUGUUACAGAUAUUGCAAAGUUGACACAAAAUACACUCAGAAUAUGGUGUUGUUUGAAUACACACACACACACACACACACACACACACACACACACACACACACACACACACACACACACACACACACACACACACACAAGAAAGUCAUAUUUUUGAGGGAGUUUUGCUCGUAUACUGCCCAGUGUUGGCCAGCUGACACCUCCUCGAGAUGCUGUGUUACAGGGUGACUAACUCACUUUAGAAAACAUUCUCUGCAACACUGGUGAAGAGAGUUUUGUGGGAGUCACAGUAACACUUAAUAACUGAACCUUCACAAGACUAGCAUGCUGAGGAGUGUUACUAAGCCAACACCUGAAAAAUGUGUUUGCGUGUGAGACCGUUCAGUGUGUAGCAGAAACAAGCACACUUAACAAACACCCCAGUGACGGUUAGAAUCUUCACUGGGGUUGUCACUAAUAAUUGAUCACCUCUAGAUGUCGAGGCACAGUAGCAGCAGCAGCAGCAGCAGCAAUAGCCUGAGGUGCACGAGUUCCUAAUGUUUAACGGUGGCACGUGAGGCAGCCCUUCACUGUGUCCUGCCGCUGCCAACACGCAACGCUGCACGACGCCGUUUUUCCCCGUUUUCUGCAUUUCACACCGCUGCCAUUGAUUGCUGUCAUAAGCCAUGGAGGGUGGACCUUUCUGCCAUGAUAGACCGUAGUGACGUAUUAUUAUUAUUAUCAUUAUUUUAUUUAUUUUUAAGGGUGUUGCAUCUCUGUAUCAUUUACUGUGAGUGGUAGAGUAUUUGAAAUUGAUGGAGUUAUGGUACCAAUGAGUGGCUUCACUAUAUCCAUCACCAUAACACACAUAUUCACACACAUACAGAGCACGACAGUAACUGAGAGAGAGAGAGGGAGGGAGAGAGAAGUCAGUCAAUCUAACACUACAGACUUAAUAUACAGAGCAAUAGAUGUAUUUAUUGUUUUCCUCCACCAUCUUGUUAACUGGUGAACUGUCCAUGUAGAUUAAGACAUUUGACUUAUAGAGGGUAUGAGUGUUUGUGAGGGGACCAGUGUGUGUGUGUGUGUGUGUGUGUGUGUGUGUGUGUGUGUGUGUGUGUGUGUGUGUGUAAAAUAGCACAUCCAAAACCUCAAUUGUGGGUUAAGUAAAGAAGACAUAAUUCUCUCUCUCUCUCUCUCUCUCUCUCUCUCUCUCUCUCUCUCUCUCUCUCUCUCUCUGUACAUUAUUGGAUAUAGGAAGAAAAUAGUAUUAAUGUAAGAAAAGUGAAAAAAAUCCCAUUACACUUAUAAGACUCGUAUUUUUGCCAGAUUUUACGACUCACAUCCCCGCAGACCACAUUGCGUCACGUGUCACCCCCAUACAUAUGUACAUUUUAGCAUCAAAAACCUCUAUAUUUAUAAGGCACACACGCUCACUUUUAUUUUUGCCAUACUUAAACGUAGCACAUCCGUAGCAUCCCCACAGCCUGUCACUCACUCACAUGUACAUUUAAGACACUUGCUGUAACAGAUUCAUGAAGUUCACUCACCCUAAGCAAGCCAUCAUCACCCCUUCACCUGCGCAUUUGUACAUUUAUCACCAUUGCCUCUCACACCUGCACUCCACAUCUGUACAAAGCUGCAUGUACGUACACACCCCCCACACCAACACCCCCACAUCUGUUCUUAUGCCUGUAUCCAAAAAUGCCUUUCCCUCUCACCAUGACAGUUUUCCAAGGCCACAGAGACAACUAGCCAAGUUUUCAAGACAGUUUCUACAUAAUAUAUUAAUCCAGAAAUCUAGCUGGUUCAUCACCGGAACCAUAAAAAUACCCUUAAAAACAUGAAUAUCUUCAACUAAAACCUUUGGAAAGUAGUGAUGGUGAGAGAGCAAAGCGUUUAAGUAUACUGGUCUGUGUCCCAGCGCAGUCACACACAUUGCCAUUACUGCCAUUCACCCUUCCUGUGUUCUCCAGUAUUAUGUUGCCCUUCCUCACGUUUCCUGGUAGCGAUGGUUCGUCCUGUGUGUUUUAGCCUUAAGAAUUCCUGUUUUAAGUUUGUGUGUCAAGGGAAGGAUGAAUUGUACCUCUCUCUCUCCCUGUGUGGGACAUCAUAAGCACUGGUUGUCAUAUUGCUAAGUGACAAGUGUGGAUCAUUCUUGAAGUUUUUAAAGUUGAUUGUGUGUACCCUUUUACUUCUGGUCUAAGGUAUCAGUUGAUUGUAUGUGUAUUAGUGGGUGAUGUUUUUGUUCCAGUCUAGAAAUUCUCAUUCUUGAAAAACAAUUGUGUGUAUAUAUUUUUUUUUUCCUCCCUCACUCUCUCUCUUUUCUGUGUAGGAUUAAGACAUCGAGUGAUUGUAUGAUAAAGGAAAUGAACUUAAAACCUCACUCUUGUCUUGAAAAUUCACCUUAUUAUUGGAAUUUUGACUAUGUAUUUCAUGUCUUGUUUUCUCUCUCAUCUCAAUGCAUUCAGUGUUUAUUUCCUGCAUACUUUCAUAUAAUAAUUUUGUUUAUUCUCACCUCUAUCAAGCUAAAAUUUGCCACACAUUUUCUUUUUCUCAUCUCAGUUAUUCCAGUUCCAUUUCUCUUAUGCUUUUACAUAAUCUUACCAGUCAUGUGUUUGUUCUUGUCUUAUCAAAUGUUCCUUCAUCUCAAAACAUCGAGGCAUUUCAUUGCGGUGUGGUGAGUGUAGUGUCUAUCAUGUGUGUCUGCAUCACUCCCUGGAUGCUGUGAAGAUUAGCUCAUUUGCUGGUAUGGGAAGGACUACAUAAGUUAUUUGUACUGGCUUAAUUUGUGUAACCUGUUCAGUUUGCCUGUUAGAACUCUCUCUAUCAAUUUCUUCAUUCACUCUUUGUCCAGGUAUUGCCCCUUUCUAUAUACCCAUCAUUAUCUACCUAUCUGAAGGGGUGACGUGAAUAUAUAGCAGUCCUUAACUUUGGGAAGACAGGCAGGAUUCUAUAACAAAUUCAAUCUUUUCCUUUCCCUCUUAUGAAGACCAAGUUGCAGGGCUUUAUAGAAGGGAAGGUGUGUGUGGCAUUGAGUUCUUGAUGUGCCUUGAAGUGUCCCAUGAGCUUGUUAGUUUAGAAAGGGACAUGUUUGAUUGCAGGAGUGAGGGAGUAAGUGAAAGGAUGCAGUCAUGUAUAGGGUCAGUCAGUUAUUGCUCCCCACAACCCUAUCACAGUACUGUAUUUGUUUUUAACUCACUUUUUAGACUUCUAGGCUUUCUAGGCACCUUUGUACAACAGUCUCUUGAAUAGCACACUAGCAUUAAAAGGCAAAAUCGAAACUAAUUUCUCUUAUUUCCGUUCUGUGUUGAUGCAAAUAAUCUUUCACAGUGCUGAGUGCUGGCAAAAAAGUGGCCAUAGUAAAAGCACAAAGAAUGACAGGAAAGACAGGCAACUUGCUGUAACUCACCACACACAAUUCAAAAGCCUUAUCUAUGUAUAUCCAGCCAGCAGUCAUGUAUGUGGUAACCCAAACACAGCACCACACACACACACACACACACACACACACACACACACACACACACACAUAGUUUGCCGCAAAGAUGUGUUGAGACUUGGAACAGUUUGAGUGAAGAAGUAGUGUCAGCAAUGAGUAUGCAUAGUUUUAAAGAAAAAUUGGCCACACGAGGGUAAAGCCCAGGUCCUGUAAAAUUACAACUAGGUAAAUAGGCACACACACACACACACACACAUGCCCUCCCAGCCCAGUCAGCCUGCAGUGAAAAGGAAUAGUUACAUGGCUCUCUUCACCUAUUUAGUUCCAACAGACACUAAACGUUUGCCUCACUAAAGUAAUGCUAUGUCUUGCUUUCCAUUUCACUAUCAGGUGUUGGUUGUAUGUUGGUGGGAAUAUUGAUGGUGUUACUCUCACCAGUUGAUAGUUUUGUGGUUCUGCUCCUUGUCAUUCACUGAUGUAGGAAACAAAGGGUAUUCAAAAGACAGGAUAUUAGUAGGGAGAGAGAGAGAGAGGGUAAUUUUUUCUUCCAAAUGAACUGGUGAAGAUCUUGCGUGUUACUUUCUCACGACUUAUAAAUUGGAAAGGUGGAAUAAUUGAGGAUACGAAGGAUAGAGGGAAUAUGGCUAGAGAAAAGCUAUGUGUAUGUCUGUGUAUGCUUGUAUAUGUGUGUGUGUGUGUGGAAUGGUAUUUAUUCCAAUCACCUUGAAGACUUUUUGGAUGGAUGGAGAUGUUACUAGUUUGGCUAAUACAGACCAUCACAUGCCACCAUAUAAAGAUUAAAACAAAACUAGGAUAGACAAAAAAAUAUCCCUCCAGUUACUUAACAUUAUCUAAUCUUGCUACGAAUCUUGGUGUCAGUGUCUUAACAUGUAUACUCUCUCCUGCAAGCACCAUGUUAGCUUUCAGUGUUACCAAGCCAGGGAUGUCACCUCACUUUUGUUACAUUGUUGUGGAAACGAGACUGAAUGGAGUGAUCAUAAUAAGGAAGAAGGAAAAGUUUAACCACUGAAGUCACAUCCAUAUCUAUUACUGUGUUGUGUGGACCAGACUGGAUUACAUUAGAGAAGUCAGAAUGUUACCUCACUUGUUACUGUGUGUUGUGGAAAUGAGACUGAAAGAGUGAUUGGAAUAAGGAGGAAGGAAAAAGUUAACCACUGAAGUCACAUCCAUCUUUUUUACUGUGUUGUGUGGACCAGACUGGAUUACAUUAGAGUAGUCAGAAUGAGGAAGAAAGAACAGAUGUGCUUCUUUACUGUGAUGUGUAGAUGAGACUGAAUUUCACUGGAGUGGUCAGAAUAAGGAGGGAGAAGCUUAUUGUUGUCUCUUAAUGAUGUGUAGUAAGAGAUCUGAGUUUGCACCAAUGAAGAAAGGAAGUGAAUUUGUCCUUUGUAGUAAAUAGGACGAUAUAGGAAUGUGCUUGAGUUUUGAGUUCGAAAUACAAUAGGAAUGCAUUUGAAUGAUAUAUUUUUUUAUGGAAAGGACUGAACUGUACUUGAAUGGAUAAUAUGAAGGCAAAGUUAUGAAUGAGAAAUCUUAAUAGGAAUACAUGUAUACUGAAUGCCAUGUACUGUAUCAGAUAGAGUAAUGACUAAUGAAAGACGGAUAGGAAUAUAUAUUACAAAUUAUUACUUGACAUUUUACACACCAAGUAACGUAAAAAUCAAACACUGUAUCUAAAUUGUGUAUAUGAAAGAAAAAAUUAUAGGAAUAUGCUUAUGUGGCAUUCCAAACUCUGACUUGAGAGAAUAGAAGCAAUACAUAGAAAAGAUACAUUAGAAAAACAAAAGAAACAUGCAACAUCCUCAGCCAGUAAAAGGUACAGGACAUGGACACUAAGCGCUCAGUAAGGAAAGAACGUUAGGAGUGUAUAAUACCUGUAACCUUGUGUGUGUCAUAUAUGUACCCCAUGUAUGUAUAUCUGUCAGUCGCUGUCCUCGCCCCGCACCACCACUGCAUAAUAGGGAACACACACACCACUUAAUCACGAGGUGCGAGCUGCAAUACAAGCACUGUGCCUUUGUAAUACUAACACCUGCCACCAAUCCACCUCUCCAAUGCAAAGAGUUAACCAGCCAGGUACUUUCAAUCAUUCAUCCCUUUCUCUGGUACACUCUAGAACUCCCUGUCUAUCUAUCUAUUAGGCCCAGACACUCACACAUACACUUUCUUCUUUCUCUCAUCCUUAUUCUCUCCACCUCUCCAAUGCAAGAGUUAACCAGUACUCUCAAUCACUCAUCCCUUUCUCUGGCACACUCUAGAACUCCCUGUCUAUCUAUCUAUCAGGCCCAGACACUCACACAUACACUUUCUUCUUCCUCUCACCCCUAUUCUGUCCAUCUCUCCAAUGGAAGAGUUAACUGCUGCUCUCAGUCAUUCAUCCCUUUCUCUGGCACACUCUAGAACUCCCUGCCUAUCUAUCUAUCAGGUCCCAAACACUCACACCUACACUUUCUUCUUCCUCUCACCCCUACUCUGUCCAUCUCUCCAAUGGAAGAGUUAACUAGUGCUCUCAAUCACUCAUCCCUUUCUCUGGCACACUCUGGAACUUCAUACCUGCUUCUCUAUUUCCAUUUACCCAUGACCUGAACUCAUGUAAGAGGGAGGGAGGUGUCAAGACAUUUAAACCAUUCUUUUGGCUAACUCGUGUGGUCCUGUUUUGGGACUGGUUUCUAAGGAGGCCUUUUUAUUAAUGGUUUUUGUUACCUUUGUCCAGAUUUCACGAUAUUAUACUACAGGUGUUCUCACAGUUGUGUUUUUAGCUGCCAUUGUCCUCUGGGAUUUUCAACCAAGGUUCCUGUGCGUUGCCCGAUGAUUACAGUUAAUCAUUCAUACAGUCCAAUACAGUUGAAAGUUCAAUCAAAUGCAGUUCCGCCAAUCUCCAGAAGUGUGACAAUUUUUUUAUGAAUUAUGUAUAGUUUUUCUUUCUUUCUUUUUAUUUAUUUUUUUAAGUUGUUGGUUGUCUAUGUGUCAUAUUAGGUGAGGCUUUUCUUUAUCCCUUUUCCUUUUCUUUUGCAGUUGACUGUGUGUGUGUGUGAGUGAGUGUGAGUGUGCAUGUGUCAUUAUCAACUGUACUUCAAUGAGCCCAACGAAAAGAUACACUACUACUUAUUCAGCAUUUUUCCAGUACUUUUCUUCAGUGUAUUUUGCAUUGAAUUCCACACCAAAAACUCAAUAAUAUAUACAAAUUAUGUGUAGUGAAGUGAAGGUUUGGUAUGAAGAUGAGAUGACAUAAUGAGGCGUGUGAGGUGGUGUGCUAAGCUUGUGUUGUGGUGAAUGAAGCAAAAUUAAUGUGCAAGAUGAGAUAAGAUAAGAGUGAUGUGAACUGUAGCAAGGAGGGAAUGGAAGUGACAGUGAUUUGGUUUGGUGAAGUGAGAUGGUGUGUUGUGAAGCAGGUUACAUAAUGCUUGUGUGUCGUGUGGUUAACUGGAAUUGAAAAAAGGAAAGCUAGAUAGAUGUGAGAGAUGAGAUAAGACAAGACAGAAUGAUGUGAAUUGUACUAAACUGGAGAAGUGACAGGUGACUUAGUAUGAUGAGAUAAGACAGUAAGAUGGUGUAUUGUGAAGCAGGUUAUAAUAUGAAGCUUGUGUAAAGUGUGCUUAACUGGAAUGAACUUUAAAAAAAAAAAGUGUUUGCUAGAAGAGAAAAUUUUGGACACAUAAAUGAAAGGAGUCAAUAAUGGAUGUAAAUUUUUGAACAGCAGAAAGAAGGAAAGGAAAGACACGUGAACUGAAUGAAAUGGAAAAGGAUACACUUGAAAGACAAAAUUUUUAAAGAUACAGAUAAAGGGAAAGGAAUAGCAAAUCAGAACACUAGAAAAAGAGAGAAAAUGGAUAGAUACAUUGGAGAGAGAGAGAGAGAGAGAGAGAGUUGCAAUCAAUUUUCACUAGUGUAUUCUUGUGUAUGUAUUUUCUUGUACAUUUUCCAGAUCUGCAUCCUCUCCUUAACUGUUAUUGCAUACAGUGAUUGAAUUUUCAUUGUUAUACUUUUCUAAUGUAUUCACUAAUGCAUAAUUGUCACCUUCAUUUCUUUUCCUCUCCUUCCCCUUCCUUCAAUGUUUUUUCCAUCAUUUGUUAGUACAGUACCAAUUAUUAUUAUUAUUAUUAUUAUUAUUAUUAUUAUUGGAUUUUUAGUGUGUGUUUUUGCAUACAUUCAAUCUUUGCCUCUCAUUGUUGCAUAAUUAUAAUUUUUAAGUCCACCAAUUUAUAGUCACAGUAUUUCCUAGUAAGUAUUGUACAGAUUUACAUAAUAAGGAAUCAUGAAAAGUA